AUGCCUCCCGGGGAGGAGGAGGGAGGAGGCAGGCCGGGCGGAGGGAGGGCGGGGGGAGGAGCGCAGACCCGGGGAGGAGGGUUUGAGGGGCAGAGGGGAAGGGAAGCGGGCAGCGUGGGAGGGGAAGGGGAGGAGGCGCGAGCUGAGCGGGGCUGGGGCCGGGGCAGGGGCGAGAGUGUCGGGAGGGAGAGAAAAGGGUGGCGGGAGAGGAGCACACGCCGAGUCCAGGAGGACCCCAGCGCGCGCCCUUUCUCUUGCUGCCCCGUUUCCCAAUCUCUCCCCGCCUCGCCUUCCUCUCUCCUGUCCCGGCCAGGAGCCCCAGACGUUGCGUCACAACUCCCCGGCUGGCGCGGGCGGGGAAGCAACUGCAAAACUUUCCGCAAACUUCACGGCGUGGUGGGACCUGGUCUGCGAGGUCUGGCUGGCCCGGGGCGGGGCGUGCAGCUGACCCAGGUGGCCAGACCCCGGCCGGCAGCAUCCGCCCCGCCAUCCCGCCUCUUUCUGCCUACGUCUCCAGCAGCCCAGCAGCCCAGCAGCCCAGCAUCCAUGCCGAGGAGGACCCCUCCCCCGGUCUGCAUUUUCGUGACCCCUGCGUCAAUGUCCCCGGCGUAGGAGUGUAGCACUUUUGCUAGCUGGGGCUGCAUCCAGAAACUUGGGGAAAAUCUGUCCACUGGACGUCCCAGAAGACCGACAUCAUCACUCCCAACAACUGGACUGCUGGCCGGUUUAGCAAAAGACCAACUGGAAAUUUCAUGAAAGGGAAGACAAUCCACAGUUAACCCAGUGUUACGCAACAGGUCUCUGCAGCACAGAGCAGGGACUGGGGAGUCAGGAUGCUGGAGUCAAGCCCUGCCUCUCUGUGGAUUACCUGUGCGACCUUGGCAAAGCCUCUUGGGGUCUCAGGACAUAGGGCAGGACUGAAACAUUGAGACCCUAAGUGAAAAGAAGACACAUUUCUCCUACCACAAGUAAUCAAAUAAAAACACUAUGACACUGUAAUACGGACCAGGUGCGGUCGCUCACGCCUAUAAUCCCAGCACUUUGGGAGGCUGAGGAGAGGAUAGAUUGAGCCCAGGAGUUCAAGACUAGCCUGGGCAACAUAGGCAGACCCCAUCAUCUCAUUUUGUUAAUAUAAAUUUUUAAAAUAAUAAAACUGUUAUAUAAAUUUUAUUGUUUCCU